AUGUCGUCCAACAACACCUCGGCCAGUGUCUCCAUCGAUAAGUUCGAUGGGGACAACUACUCAACCUGGUGUCGCUACAUGCGCGGCGUGUUUCUGACGAAGUCAGUCUGGUACGUCGUGAACCGCGAAACGUCUCCAACCUUCACCGACACGCGAGCUUCCGACGAGUACGUCAAGGCGAGCAACAUCGCGUUCGGGUUGAUGUUGCUCCACAUGGACGCCGACUACCACCAUGUGGUCGACAACUGUGAAGAAGCAUGGACAGCGUGGUCGCGGUUGAAGAUGCUCUAUGGUGGGUCGCAGAAGGCGGGACGCAUCUACCUCAAGCGCCAGCUGUUCAGCAUCAAGAUGGCGGAAGGUGCCAACGUCUUGCACCAUUGCAACGAAGUCUUGAACAUCGGCGCCAAGCUCAGCAGCAUCGGUGCCAAGAUGGAAGACGAAGACAUUGCGAUCUGCUUGCUGCUCAGUCUCCCGAAGAGUUUCGAGAACGUGGUUCUGAACUUGGAGAUGAGCAAUGCAGAGCUGCGCACGCAAGAUGUGGUCAAGGUGCUGGCUAACGAGCACAUCAAGAGACAAGGCGAGAAGAUGACAACGGCAACGACAACGGUGAAGACUGAAGAUGCGACAAAGGCAUUCAGUACCGAGCGCAAGCCCUACCAAUGCACAUACUGCGGCAAGGUGGGGCACACGGCAGAGCGUUGCUGGACGAAGCAAAAGGAUGAAAGUCGAGGAGCCCAACGCGGCGGCAAUGGUCGUGGACGCGGGGCAAACAAUGUCCAGUGGCGACAUUAUGAUGAAGGCAACAGCUACGAUCGAGUGGCGUUUGCAGUUUCGUUCGAAUGCGGAGUUUCGACGAACAAGAAUGGACCAGGAAUGUGGGCCGUUGACAGCGGGGCAACACAUCACAUCUGCCACGACAAGUUCAAGUUUGCAAGCUUGGUCGAAGGCAAUGAUGGCGAGAUCCUGGUGGCUGAUGGCAACAAGGCGGCCAUCAAAGGUGUGGGGACCAUCGUGGAAAAGGUGAUUCUGCCAAACGGGGAAGAGCGCGAGAUCGAGAUCAAGAACGCGCUCUAUGUGCCCAGCAUGAGCAAAAAUCUGCUCUCGGUGCCGCAGAUUAACAAGCACGGCAACUUCCAAGUGGUGUUUGACGGGGAUACGAUGUACGUCGCUCGCAAGGAUUCCAAUCAAGUGGUGGCAGCUGCGGAUCUUGUAGACGGACUCUACUGGCUUCGCACGACGCAGCGAUCGGCCAAUGCGACAUCACUCAGCAACGCUGUUGAUCUACAUGCGCGAAUGGGCCAUGCUCCAGUCGACGUGCUUCGCAGGAUGGUGACAAGUCACAUGAUCAAGGACGCUCACAUCCCUUCCAAGCCGAAUGGAUCAAGUGAGUGUCGAGGAUGCCAAGAAGGGAAGAUGGUCCAAAAACCAUUCCCGAGCAACCGUGACAAGCGCACCUACAACACCUUCGAGAUGCUCCACUUCGACAUCUUCGGACCCAUGGAAGAAAAAUCUCUGGGUGGCAGCAAGUAUCUGCUGCUGAUCGUGGAUGAAGCCAGCGGAUGCAUGAAGGGUUUUUGUCUGCAUUCCAAGUCAGAGAGCGAAGAGUGCAUCAAGAAGUACAUCACGAUGAUACAGACGCAGUUCAACAAGAAGGUCAAAUUUGUGCGACACGAUGGAGCCCGCGAGUUUGCGACGAACUCGCUUCAAGAUUUCUACGAAGUCGAAGGCAUCGAGCAACAAACCACGGUGCCAUACGCACAUCAAGCCAAUGGAACUGCUGAACGCGCGAUUCGAACUAUCGUCACCAUCGGUCGUAGCAUGCUCCAUCAUGCCAAGUUGGACAAGUGCUUCUGGGCUGAAGCGGCAAUGACGGCCGUCUAUGUGAAGAACCGUUUGCCGUCACCCAAGAUUCCACACAAGACACCGUUCGAGAUUGUCUACAAUUCUAAGCCAAGUGUCAAGCACAUGCGCGUUUUUGGGUGCCAAGCAUACAUCUUGACCCCGAAGGAGAAACGACUCAAGUGGGAUCCCAAGGCCCGGGCUGGAUUGUUUUUGGGCUACGAAGAAGUGUCCAAGGCGUAUCGAGUUUAUGACAUCGAAGCGGGGCAGGUGAUGAUAAGUCGCGAUGUCAACUUCGAUGAGUCGGCCUUAGGAAUGUCGAUGCUGAUUUCCGAUGACGAUGUUGAUGGCCUGGACUUCGAAUCGAUCGAUCUUGAUGAUGAAGAACCGCGUCCGAGACACUUCAAACAAACAGGAAAGCGCAAGGCCCAACCCAGUCACGACAAUGACGACGCAAGCAUGCCCCGAGCAGUGCGCCAACGACCCGGAUUGGAAGAGUCAAGUGCGCCGGAUGACCUCUCUUCACGUCGAGCCAACGAAGAUGAAGAAAGGAAGUCGGAGGAACAACAUGACACACCGACUUCCUCCGCGUUUUGGCAUGCGAGUGCAAACGCCGUCGAAGCAGCGGUCGAUUUUUCGGAGCCGUCGACAUUUGAAGAAGCAGUGUCUGGCCCGGACCAAGUACACUGGCGCAAGGCAAUUGAUGCGGAGCUCGAUUCGAUGAAGCUUCGCGGUGUCUUUCGUGCGGCCAAGUUACCCAACGGACAAAGCGCCAUUGGCACAAAGUGGGUCUUCAAGAUCAAGCGCAAGGCGGAUGGGUUGUUGAAAAGACAGCGGCUGUGA